UUUGUGACGUCAUUGUAGAGGACGAUAUAUAAUGGUAUAUACCACUCAAAGACGGAACAUUCUGCUACAGAUUUUCGCUAUACGAGGAUAUAAUGAUUUCAAAUUUUGCUAUUUUAUGUGUGGGUUUGGUAGGGUUUACAUGUGCUGUGAGAGAAAUACCCGACUACAUCCAUGUUUGCAAAAGAUCUGAUCCUCAUGUAGCAAAAUGCAUCAGGGAGUCUGUCGAAGUCUUAAGACCUCGUCUGAAACAAGGAAUUCCUGAAUUGGACGUUCCUUCAUUGGAGCCACUUCACAUUAACGAGAUUACAAUAUUUAGAGGUGACCCACCUAGCAAUUUGAAAGCUUUCCUCAGAAACGUUAAAGUUCAUGGAGCCAGUGACUUCCAAAUAACAAAACUAAAAGUAAAUGUGGACAAGAACACAUACCGAGUUGGAGUAAAAUUCCGAAAAAUGACCUUUGACGGCGACUACGACAUCGAUGCUAGAGUCCUUGUCGUGCCAAUUAAAGGCACCGGAAAAUUCUCAGCUGAUAUUAGUGAUGUUGAUGGUCAGGGAGUUCUCAAGGCUGAAAUCAUAGAGAAGAACGGACAUCGCGAGAUCAAAUUCACUUCCUUUGAUUUUGCAAUUAAAAUUGCCGAUUACAACAUCCACCUUGACAACCUGUUCAACGGUGAUGAAGUCUUAAGUCGGGCAGCUAUGGAUGUUAUUCAUGACAACAAAGCUGAGUUUAUUCAAGCUGCUUUGCCAUUCAUUCAAAGGAAAACGGCUGAAAUCCUCUUGGAUGCUGCGAAUAAAAUCACUGAAGAUUUAGACUAUGAUCAAGUUUUUCCUGAAAAGUAAACUUUAAAGCUCAAGUAUAUUCUGUGAUGUAUCGUGAAUAAGUAGAAUGGAUUUAUUAGCUUUUGUACAAAUUGUCUAUUUGCGAUUUUUGAAAAUAAAAUCUUACUUUCUAUAUAUUAA